AGCUUGAGAAUGAAUUUUCUUCCGUGUAUGCUCAGUUUUACUCUCAGUUGAGUUUAGAAACAUAACGCCUUUAUGAAAUCAGUUUUGCUUGUAUUUAUGGGUUUUAUCUCAUUUGCUAGUCGGCUAACCUAUGUUGUGUUUGCUUGCUAGUAACGUUAGUUCUCCUCUAUGCUCCAGCUACGACCUGUGGAAGACGAUGAAUCUGCUGCUGAGAGUCUGGAGCUGAACCGAGCUGUGGCUGAUGAUGACCAUUUCCUGUUGGCUGAGCUACUGUCACAAGAACACUACAGGAAGUGCAUUAAUCAGCAGAGCGGUUGGGGUAUCCCAGGUACCCCGUUACGCAUGGCUGCGUCCAAAGGUCACUUGAGGUGCCUGCAGUUGCUCCUGGCCCAUGGGGCAGAGGUGGACCCCCUUGAUGUGAAAGCCCAGACUCCUCUUUUCACUGCUGUUUGCGGGCGUUACUUGAGCUGCGUGCUCGCCUUGCUCCGUGCCGGGGCUAAUCCGAACGGAAGUCACCUGAACAACAGCUCGCCGGUGCUCACCGCCGCCCGAGAGGGCGACCCGGAGAUCCUCCGCCAGCUGCUUCAGCACGGGGCAGAGGUCAACGCCAGGUCAAAGGUGACGCUGUGGGCAUCUGGGGUUGCCGUCUGCAGCGGGCCGCUUUACCUGUCAGCCAUUUAUGGACACCUGGAUUGCUUUAAAAUGUUGCUGUUAUAUGGGGCGGAUCCGAACUAUAACAGCCCGGAAGAGAAGGUGAUCGGCAGGGCCACGCAGCAGAAGACGGUCCUGGAAUUGUGUUUGCGACACGGCUGUGGAGUCGAAUACAUUCAACUGCUCAUUGACUUUGGGGCAAACGUCUACCUGCCGACCCUCAUUAUAGAGAAGAGCACCAAACAGAAUGAAGCUGUUGAGCUGUUGCUGAAAGAGCGAGGGUUUCCGAAGACUCUGGCAUCUCAGUGUAGAUUGGUCAUUCGUAGACACCUGAUACAGGUGAACAAGAUUCACUCUUUGGACUCUCUGGAGAUUCCACCCAGGCUCAUCAACUAUCUCAAACACAAGUCUAUGAGCAGUGCAUUGGUUUACUGACAAACCAGAGCAUAUUCAACUGUGCCUUACUAAAGGACAGACUCAAACAGACACUGGACUGGUAGACCAAACACUGGACUGGUAGACCAUACAGACAGAGGGUCUUGACCUAAUGACGUGGACUCACUCGUAUACAAUCUCACAGACGGACCGAUACACUGCUAACAAACUCUGUUUACAUGUAUGGUGUGUUAAACUUGAACAUCCUCAUGCAUUAAUUUGCUUGAUAGUCAUUCAAAUUUGUAAUAUCUAUUAUUACUGUAUGUAAUACGACCAGAAGUGUUGUCUAAAAGAGUUAAUGCUCUAGAACUAUGCGUUGUCAUAUAGCCUUGUUUCUCUCUUUUCAAGAUCAUCUGGAGGUUUUCAUUUUUUCAUAGUAAAUUAAGCUGUUGUAAAACAGAUUUUUGCUGAUUAAUUACUUGAUUUGUUGAUUAGUAACAGCUUGAUGAUGGAUGCAAAAUUGUUGGUAACUGUCUUAUCAAUCUUAAUAUGAUAUAUAAAAUCCAUUGAUGUACUUGUGUCUAUGAAUCCCUUGUUUAGAGGGAUGCAUUCUUCCAACAGAUGCUGUAUAACCUCUAUUGUGCAGGUAGAGUGUAAUGGAGAUCAUUCUGUUCAUGUGAGGUUAAAGACUUCAAAAUGAAGAUCAGUUCCAGAGUCUUCAUAAGGAUUUAUGACCGGUAUUGACGUUUGUAGCUUGAGGAUUUCACGUGUAGCAGUCUGUGCUAAUGGGAUAUACAAAUGUGCUUCUGCAAGUGUAUUUUGACAACAUUAUUCUGCUAUGGAUGACAGCUGGCUUGUUAGUUUGUUCAUAAAAUUUAAGUACUGAA